AUCCGUAUCUGGGCUCGCAGGGCGGCCAUUGAUCAGGGACAAGGACACUACGCCCUCAACGUGACUGGACCUGUGCUGGACUUCCUCCAGUCGUACUAUAACAUCUCUUACCCGCUGAGCAAGUCAGAUCAAAUCGCUCUUCCAGACUUUUACUUUGGCGCGAUGGAGAACUGGGGUUUGGUGACGUACAGAGAAACCAAUCUCCUCUACGACCGCCUGACCUCGUCCGUCAGGAACAAGGAGACCACGGCCACCAUCAUCGCUCACGAACUGGCGCACAUGUGGUUUGGAAACCUGGUGACGCUGCGCUGGUGGAACGAGGUCUGGCUGAACGAGGGCUUCGCCUCCUACGUGUCUUACCUGGGAGCCGAUCACGCUGAGCCUGCGUGGAACCUGAAAGACUUGAUUGUGCUCGACGACGUCCACAGAGUGUUUGCGGUCGAUGCGUUGACCUCGUCUCAUCCUCUGUCCUCUGAAGAAGACAGCAUCAUCCUUCCAGACCAGAUCAGUGAACAGUUUGACGUCAUCUCGUACAGCAAAGGUGCAGCCGUGCUUCGGAUGUUGUCUGAUUUUCUCUCCGAGUCGAUCUUUGUCCAGGGACUCAGUCGAUACCUCAAUCACUUUGCCUAUGGUAACACAGUAGGAAAUGACUUGUGGCAACAAUUACAGCUGGCGGUGGAAGACAAUAACGUGUCACUUCCUGGUCCAGUUUGGGACAUUAUGAACCGCUGGGUGCUCCAGAUGGGCUUCCCUGUGGUUACCAUAGAUACCACCACAGGAACGGUAUCCCAGAAGCACUUUCUGCUGGAUCCAGGGUCAAAGGUCACAGUUGAAUCACCUUACAGGUACGAGUGGACGGUUCCUGUUCGCUGGAUGAAGUCCGCUGAAGUCCAGAGGGACGUGUGGUGGCUAGUAGAGAAGGAAGCUGUGAACCUGGACAUGAAAUCUGGAGGUUUGUGGAUUCUGGCAAAUGUCAAUGUCACCGGAUUUUACCGAGUCAACUAUGACCCGGGGAACUGGGAGAGGCUCCUCGCUCAGCUGGACUCGGAGCACCAGGUUAUACCGGUGAUAAACAGAGCCCAGCUGGUGGACGAUGCCUUCAACCUGGCCAGGGCUCAGUUAGUCUCCACCUCUCUGGCUCUGAGGACGACCUCCUACCUGCUGCUGGAGACUGAGUACAUGCCCUGGCAGUCCGCUCUGAAUAAUCUGCAAUAUUACGACCUCAUGCUGGACCGUACCGACGCCUAUCAGCCUAUGCAGAACUACAUGAAGAAGCUGGUGACUCCGCUCUUCCUGCACUUUAAGAACACAACCUCAAACUGGACCCGUGUUCCUGACGGACUCACUGACCAGUACAACCAGGUUAAUGCCAUCUCUAUGGCGUGCAGGACAGGAGUGACAGAAUGUCAGAACUUGACCACGGCGUGGUUCAAACAGUGGAUGGAAAACCCCAGAGACAAUCCGAUCGAUCCGAACCUGCGUACGACCGUGUACUGCAGCGCUGUGGCGGCCGGCGAUGAGGCCGAGUGGGAGUUUGGCUGGUCGCAGUUCAAGAACGCAACAGUAGCCAGCGAGGCGAGCAAACUCAUGUCUGCGCUCGCCUGCACCAACAACAGGCAGCUGCUGCAGAGGUAUCUGUCUCACACCUUGAAUCCAACUAUGAUCCGAAAGCAGGACGCCACCUCCGUCAUCACGUCUGUCGCCGGCAACAGAGAGGGACAGAGUCUGGCCUGGGACUUUGUCAGGGAUCAGUGGGAGUACAUGUUCACACAAUAUGGCGUCGGCUCUUUCUCCUUCGCCUCCAUGAUCAGCGGCGUCACAGCGAGGUUCUCCACAGCCGCUGAACUUCAACAGCUGGAGGAGUUCGUGGAGCAGAACGGCGCAGCCGGGUUCGGUUCUGCGGCGCUGGCGGUGGAACAGGCCGUGGAGAGAACCAGAGCCAACAUCAAGUGGCUUCAGCUGAACGAACAGGAGAUUCUGGACUGGUUCAACAGCCAGAGCUGACGCUCGUCUCACAUAUAACACGUGCUCACGUUUAAAAGACAAAUCAAGACAGAAACAUGUUGAUACCGAUGAAAUGAAACAAAAAUCCAGUCCGGCAGCGAAACGUCUGCGUUUGUAUUGUAACUUUAAAUAAACCUGAAAUAAGUAAUUAUUACA